AUGGCAACACUAGCCUGUGAUCCUUUUCGGCCAAGAGGCCAACGUCAAAAAUAUGGAUCUGUUCAAGAGAGAAAAGCGUCCAAGAUAGCCCAACAGCGGGAGAAGCGUCAGGCUACCCGCGCUGCUCAACGCGCCCAACAAUUUGAUCAGUACUACUCCAUAGAGACGCCUCUAUACACUGAUACCAGUGAAACUCCAUCAAUCUCCUUCCCUCCAGGGGUACCCUCUAUUGCUACUGAGCUUGAGCAGCUUCUUCCCCCUCUCAGCCCAGCCUUAGGACCAUGGGAACUAUCGACUCCUGAUGUCCUACAAGGUAAUGAACCAACAGCAGAAGGCGUACAUGAUGUGGUUGACGAGCCUGGUAUCAUGGCCCCACUUGAAAAUACAGAAAACGACGCGAACACAGUCAGCCAAUUACCAAGGAUGACGGAAAGUCUGGUCCAGGCGACUGAAUCAUUUACGGAACCAGACCCUGGGGACUCAGAAAUCCUUAUAGCCAACCUAGCUAGUAAUUCUCACGACCUUGCCCGACUUCUUACUGACCAACUCCAACACCACCAUGGCUGCUGUCACCAGUGUCAUACGCAACAGGAGAGUGAGCAUUAA